GCAGCCUGGGCUGCGCAGCGGAAGACGACGCAUGCGUGCUUUUUCGAUUGCUCUCGCGGCGGGGCAAGAGGGGCGCGUGAGGCUCGAAGCGGAGAGAGGCAAAAACCCGGAGAAGCAGAGAUGGUGAAGCUGACGGCCGAGCUCAUUGAGCAGGCGGCGCAAUACACCAACGCCGUGCGGGACCGAGAGCUUGAUUUGCGUGGGUAUAAGAUCCCUGUGAUUGAGAACUUGGGUGCCACCCUGGACCAGUUUGAUGCCAUCGAUUUCUCCGACAAUGAGAUUCGGAAGUUAGAUGGGUUUCCACUGCUGAAGAGGCUGAAAACGUUGCUGAUGAAUAACAACAGGUUAAGCCGAAUCGGUGAGGCACUUGAGCAGUCUAUACCAAAUCUUACGGAACUUAUUCUUACCAACAACAACAUCCUGGAGCUGGGUGAUCUGGAUCCUCUGGCAACUGUUAAAUCACUGACUUAUCUAAGUAUUUUGAGGAACCCUGUGACAAAUAAGAAGCAUUAUAGGUUGUAUGUAAUCCACAAGGUCCCACAAGUUAGAGUACUGGAUUUCCAGAAAGUGAAAUUAAAAGAGCGUCAGGAGGCAGAGAAAAUGUUCAAGGGCAAACGGGGUGCCCAGCUUGCAAAGGAUAUUGCCAGGAGAACAAAAACUUUCAACCCAGGUGCUGGUUUACCAACUGACAAAAAGAAAGCUGGGCCAUCCCCAGGCGAUGUGGAGGCUAUUAAGAAUGCCAUUGCCAAUGCCACAACCCUGGCGGAAGUCGAGAGGCUCAAAGGCUUGCUGCAGGCUGGUCAGAUACCCGGCCGAGACCGCAAAGCAGGCCCCUCGGAUGAUGCUGAAGAAGAGAUGGAAGAAGACUCCAUGGCGAACGGAACUUAAGAUGCAUUUUUCUGCCUCUGGAUAGUCCAUAGAAUUCUGUUGUAUCAUUGUUGAUUUGUCAAAGCUUCUGGAUUUAUUGUUGGGAGUGCAGGGUUUUUUUGUAUGUUUGUUUAAGGUUUUGUUCUAUUAUAUGUGAACUAUGGUUUGUAAAUUUUUAUACUGUACUUUAUUUUGAGGUAAAAUAAAACUCCUCCCUCCAAGUGCA